UAUUGAUAACGACUGAUAACGAUUUCGUUCCACCGGUUUCGCUAAGGCUACUAUCCUAGUUUCGCAGUUUCGCGACACGUGAUUAUUCAGUUUAGUAUUUUGUUGUUAUAAUCAUCAUUCAUAAUUAAAGUAAUUAAUUUCUACUGCAUUCUGCUAAUAUGGAUAAUAAACUCGUUAUAAAUCGCUUGCCUCCGGUGGACAGGUGUACGUUUGAAUCAUGUCGAAAUAUUCUAAACAAUUUCAACUUCAUUAAUGGUAGUUUCGUGAAGUUAGAACUGUGUAAAAAUCAAUCGGACCGAUGGUGGCGAGUUACACUUUCGUCUAAUGACAAGGACAGAACAUCUGGUCAUCGUGGAAAAAUACCAUAUCCAGGGCAUAUACCGCCCGCCAAAGUUAACGGCCAUCGGGUAAUGAAAUCUUACGCUGAAAAUGUAUUCUCUUCUAUCUAUUUCGAAGUUCAACAAAUCUAUCGAGUAAAAAGUGAUGAUGGCGAAACAACGCAUUGGUGUGUUGAAUUACGCCAGAAACUUGUAGCACAAAAGAUUAAAUCAUUUACUGAAUCAACUGGAGUAUUGGUUGUUGCAUCUUUUUUUCACGAUGACGAUCCUGAUAUACCGUCAGAGAUAAAAGCAUUAAUUAAGACGGUCAAGAAAACACCAACCCAGAAUGUUACAGAUAAAGUGUCUGAUACUGAAGUUGGCGUAAAAGGUAGACAACAACGAAAAAGAAAAAACAACGUUAUGCCGAUCCCAAAAACUACUGAUUCUAUGGAGGAUAAUCAUGUUAAAAAUCGUAGAAAACGAUAGUACCAUUCGCCUCAAAGAAAUGAGAAUUCAGAUAUCAGGAAGAGCUGUAGAAAUCGUCCAAAAUUGCGUUAAAACCAAGAAAUUUUACUUUUUUUCAAAUUAAAAAAAAUAUAUAUUUAGCUACCUACUAAGAAAUAAGAAUAAUGCAUAAUAUAAAUACCGAGAUACCUGUUAUUCUAUGUACCUAUGUCUCCAACAAGUUUUUGAAAAAAAAACACUUGAAAAUUUCAAGAUGAAUGUGACGUAGAUAUUAGAUAAUCAUCGUACCAUCGCAAUAGGUGCCAAAAUUGUAUACUAUCCGGUGGCGUGUAACGAACCAAAUAGGUACCUACUUGGCCAAUAAAAACGUCAUUGAUAAUGUAA